UAUUUAAAGCACGCAAAAGGUUUACGGCUUUAUAACUUAGAACAACUUAAGUACAAAAUUGAAAAUGUUGACAAAAUUAUUACUUAUGAAAAUAAUUUUCUUAAUAGCAUUAAUAAAUCGGUUCUAUACUUGUCAACCCAUUACGCCUGAAGAAGAAGAGGAUCAUCUUAAUAACCGUUUAAAACAUUAUUUAAAACGCAUAGAGUUUGUAGCGCAAAAAUCGCAUGGAAAAUUUUCCACAGAAUUAAAAAAUCUUAUGGAGAAAUUUAAACACUCAUUAAAUAAGGAGACAUUUAGAGAAAAGUCUCAAUUGCUGGAUCAGUACACUGAGAAUGAAGAUUUAGCAGAAUAUUUAUCAAUAGAAUUCGAUAAACAAUAUAUAAAUGAGGAUAUCUUAAUAGAAACCUGGUAUUUAAAUGAGAUAAUUCCCCAUGUCAAUAAAGAUCUGUAUAAUGAAGUGGAACAAAUAAUACACGAAUUAAAAGAGGCCUAUCGAAAUGAUGAUUGGGAAAGAAAAUUCAAUAUUUAUGCCGAUUUAGGAGAAAAAUUAUCCGAGGAUUUUCUCGAUUACUUCUAUGGAGAACAUCCACCGGUACCUCUGUUAAAUGCUCAAUUAAAAUAUUAUCGAGAAUAUUUGAUAUAUUUAUUGCAAGAACGUCAAAAGGGUGGUGAAUUUGAGAAUCAACUACAGGAAUUAUUGGGAAAGGUGGAUGUAGCAAUGAUUGGUGAUUGUCGAGAGGAAAAAGAAACUGUUAUUGAACUCUUCGAUGAUUUGACAACAAGGUUUGGACGCUAUUUGGAUGAAUAUUUUGUUGAUUUUAAAAUGUUUAAAUUUGGUGAAUGAAAAUAAAGUUAAAGAAAA